CGUUUGUUUAUGCAAAAAGAAAAAACUAAAACAUAGUAAAUACCUUAUAGUAAAUUGUUGUUGUUAUUUGUAAAGCAAUCGGUGCCCUUGUAAAAUUUGCCGGUAAAAUAAAAAAUCAUAAAUAAAUUCAUGAAUGCAAUCGCCAAAUUUCUGAUAUGAAAAACUAAAUAGGAAUUCCUUCUGUGUUUUGUUGCUACUGUAAGGAAAGAAAAAAUUUUUAUGAAUACACAACAAAAGUGGUGUGAGUGAUGACUUUUCUCAAGAAAUAAAAUAUAAAAUGUUUACAUGUUUCACUUUUAUGUUUAAUAAAUAAUGCAAUAAUAUGGUUAAAAAUGUAAAACUAUAAUAAAUAACACUGUAGUAAAUUAUAAAAUAAAAUUGUUGUUUAUUUUCCAAUAAGGGAAAAGUUAAGGAAAUGUUUCAAAGACAUUCAACACCCUGUAUGUUAAAAUACAGUGUCAACGGUCCUUGUUAUGUGUCUGCUAUGUUGCUGAAGCACAUCGUCUUAUUGCUGUUUUGUCUGCUGUUAAUACUGCAGUGUCGUGUCUCAUGUGGAAGUCAAGCUUUGACUUUCACAAUAGAACCGCAAGAUGUAGUCGUCGCAGAGGGACAUUCUGUGCUCCUGCAAUGCGCUGGAACUGCACAACAAAAUAAAAACUCAAAAAUAAUGCCAAACAUUCGAUGGCGUGGACCGGACAAUGAAGAUUUGGGCAUUGUUGGUGAUACUUUCCGUACACAACUAAAAAAUGGUUCAUUAUAUAUCAGUUCUGUGGAAGAGAAUCGUGGCGUUACUGGCUCUUAUAAGUGUCUUUUAAGCGCCGAUGGGAUUGGCACUAUAGUCAGUCGCUCAGCUCUGGUGUCAGUCGCACGUUUGCCCGAUCUCAAUCAAGAUUUUAUAGAAACAUAUUUACUACCAGGACAAACUGCAUAUUUUCGUUGUAUGAUUGGUCAAUCUCAACUGGGGAUUAAGCAUAUUGUUAAUUGGAUAAAAGAUGAAAUGCCAUUGACAUUGGAUAAAUUACGCAUGGUUGUGCUACCAAAUGGUGCUUUAGAAAUUGAUGAAGUUAGUGCUGCAGAUCGUGGUGUUUAUCAAUGCAAUGUCACCUCAGGCAGUGUAUCGCGUUUAAGUAGUAAAACAAAUUUAAACAUAAAAAAAAUCAAUGAAAUCAACGGUGUUUUAAGUGAAAGUUCAGUAUCACCUUCAUUUUUAGUUGGCCCAUCGCCUAAAACAGUUAAAGAAGGUGAUACGGUAACGCUCGAUUGUGUAGCAAACGGUGUGCCUAAACCACAAAUAAAAUGGCUACGUAAUGGUGAAGAAUUAGAUUUUAAUGAUCUUGAUUCGCGUUUUUCCAUAAUCGGAACUGGUUCACUACAAAUAUCUUCCGCCGAGGAUAUAGAUUCAGGGAAUUACCAAUGCCGCGCUAGUAAUAUAGUAGAUUCGUUAGAUGCACAAGCAACUGUACAGGUGCAAGUACCUCCGAAAUUUAUACAAAAUCCUAAAGAUAAAAGUGCCAGUGAAAAAGAGGAACUUGAAUUGGAAUGUGCUAUACGUGGUAAACCAAAACCGGUGAUACAAUGGCUUAAGAAUGGUGAAGUCAUUACACCAAGCGACUACAUGCAGCUUAUUGCUGGUCAUAACUUACGUAUAUUGGGCCUUUUGCAAUCUGAUGCUGGUAUGUUUCAAUGUAUAGGCACUAAUCCUGCCGGUAGUGUCCAGGCUGCAGCGCGGUUACGUGUUGUGCAACCAGGCAAAUCAAAAAACUCUCGAAAGUCACAAUCACAAACCACAAAAUCACUACAAAUAUCAGCGGCACCCAUAAAACGACGAAAAUAUUCACAACCUAGUGAAGUUCGCACAAAAUCGGGCGGUGAAUAUUCCAACGAGAAGACACGUAUAAUUUCAAAAAGCGCGCUCGAUAGUUUGCUCUUUCAGAAGAGUUCAAAAAAUAAGAAUUUAUUUAAAUCCGAAAAACCACAAAACGAUCGCAAUUAUGGUGAACUUGCCACAAUGACAGAAAUGUUAGACGAUAUGGAUGACACAGACCUAUCACUUGAACUUCCGACAAAUGAACAUGAUUUUAAUUCGAAUACACACAAUAAUAGUGAAAAUGACGAAGACGAAGACGAUGACGAUUACGACGAUCCAAGUUCAAAUCAAGAAUUUAUUAACGCCUAUAAACAUGGCGAUGACCCAAAUAAAGUUUUGAAUUCGUGGAAAAAUAAAAAAAAGCUUACAUCCUCUUCCAAUUCUCAAGCAAUUUCCUAUUCAUCCCCAGAUUUAGAUGGUGUGGAUAACGCUGGAAAUGGAGUAGUAGCUGGUAAAACAGCUGGUCUUCUAGGGAAUGGAUUAUUAAAUCGAUUGCCUGGUCCACCAAAAGACUUAGUAGCACAGAUAGUAAAGCCUCGUUUUGUUACGCUCAGCUGGUUGGAACCAGUUAAGAAUCCAGUUGAAGUUGUCUCCUACACAGUGUUUUAUAAAAUGAAUAAUAGUGAAAGAGAACAAAAAAUUAUAACCAAAUCGCAUGAUGAUCAGCAAGUCAAUAUACAAUCACUACUGCCUGGUAAAACGUACCAAUUUCGUGUAAUUGCAAACACAAAUUUUGGUCCUGGCGAAUCGUCAGAGAUACUUGAAGUAAGCACGCAACCGGAAGAAAACAUUGCUGGACCGCCAAGAAAUGUUGAAGGUUUUGCACGAAACCAUAAAGAGAUUUAUGUUAAAUGGGAUCAGCCUACAGUAACAAAUGGAGAGAUACUUAAGUAUCGCAUAUACUAUUCAGAGAAUGACAGUGGAGCAGAGAUGUACCACGACAGCACGACACUUGAGGCAAUACUUAUGGAGUUGCGCCCAUACACCGAUUACACAAUAACAGUUGUGCCUUUUAACAAAAAUGGCAUGGGAGAUCCAUCCAAUGAAAUAAAAAUUAAAACAUUUUCCUCAACACCCUCAGAGCCACCCAAUAAUGUUACUUUAGAAGUUACCAGUUCAUCGUCAAUUACUGUAUAUUGGGAACCACCAUCCGAAGAGGAACAGAACGGUCAAAUAACUGGAUAUAAAAUUCGUUAUCGUAAACUGAAGGACGCUCCACAAACAAAAAGUACUCCCGCAAAUAUACGUUAUUUUGAACUGAAUGGACUUGAUCGCCACUCUGAAUAUCAAGUAAAAAUUGCUGCUAUGACUGUAAAUGGUUCAGGACCAUUUACAGAAUGGUAUCGCGUUACUACAUUAGAAAAUGAUUUGGACGAAACACAGGUACCCACUAAACCUGUGUGGAUUGCCAUACAUCCAGGUGCAGACAAUAUUGCUCUACACUGGGGACCACCACAACGACACGAAAUCAAAAUACGAAAUUACGUACUUGGUUGGGGACGUGGUAUACCUGAUGAAAAUUCUGUAGAACUCAAAGAAUCGGAAAGAUAUUAUGUACUUAAAAACUUAGAGCCUAAUUCUGAGUAUGUAGUAUCUUUACGUGCUAGGAACGUAAAAGGUGAUGGUCCACCUAUAUAUGAUAAUAUUAAAACGCGAGAUGAAGAACCAUUAGACACACCAGUACCAUUAGAAGUUCCAGUCGGUUUACGUGCAAUAACAAUGUCCAGUUCAUCUAUCGUUGUUUAUUGGAUCGAUACUACAUUAAGUAAAAAUCAACAUGUCAUUGAUAAUCGACACUACACUGUGCGUUAUAGUAUAUCCAGUUCCAAUCGGUACCGUUAUCAUAACACAUCCGAUCAAAAUUGCAUGCUUAGCGAACUACGUCCAAAUACUAAAUACGAUAUUGUCGUUAAGGUUGUAAAGGGUAGACGUGAAUCAGCUUGGUCUAUGCAAGUAGAAAAUACCACUUAUCAAAACGUACCUAUAACACCACCUCGUGAAUUAAUGGUUCGCCCAGACGAACAAAAUCCACAAAAUGUUAUACUACAAUGGUUACCACCAAAACAUAGUAUAGGCCAAAUUACUGGCUAUAAUAUAUAUUACACCACGGAUACUACAAAACGCGAUCGAGACUGGGCCAUAGAAGCCUUUUCCGGCGAAGAAACUAUGUUAAUGUUACCAAAUCUUAAACCCUACACUACAUACUAUUUCAAAGUACAAGCGCGCAUCAGUAAAGGUAAUAACAAUGCGCCUUUUUCUGCUUUAGUAACUUAUACAACGGGUGCUACGGUCAUUAUGCAAAAGCCUAACGUUAUAGCGAAAGGUAUUAAUAAUGAACUGAUAUUGUAUAUGAUUAUUGGAGGCUCGGCAGUGAUAGUAUUUAUUGUUAUCGCUGUCAUAAUUGUUUUGUGUAGACGUAAGCCUCAAUCUACCCCAGAACAUACAAAGAAGAGGUAUGAUACUGACUAUCAAAAAAAUGUUGUGGGUGUGCCUAAACCACCAGAUCUAUGGAUACACCACGAUCAAAUGGAGUUAAAAAAUAUUGACAAGAGCUUACACAAUUCUACACCAGUUUGUAGUGAUGGUGCUUCUAGCAGUGGUGCAUUAACCCUACCUCGUUCUGUGGUACAUGAAUAUGAUGUUGAUACGCCAGUGCCUGGGCAUUUGACCAACUCUUUAGACAAACGUUCCUACGUGGCCGGUUAUAUGACAACUUCUAUGAACUCUACUAUGGAACGCCCACAAUACCCUCGCACUCAAUAUAAUAUACCAUCAAAUCGUUCACAUGUUACUGUUGAUACAGGCCUCUCACAACAAAGUCUGUCUCAACCACAAAACAAUUCAUUAGCGCAAACGCCAGAGCACCCUUACGGCUAUGAGGGUAACUUUUGCAAUCCUGGUUAUCCUAAUGGUGCUGCUGGAGGCGGUAGCAGUGCUAUGAGUAAUGGUGGAGUAUCAACAAUAGAAAGUAAUAAACGUGGACACCCACUUAAAAGUUUUAGUGUACCCGGACCACCUCCAACAAAUGGACCUUCAGCAAUUAAUAAACAUGCUCCAGCUGUUACAAUACGUCCGCAAAAUCAAUCACCUUAUAAGAAGCCCUCAUUCUCAGCAGCUACACCCAAUCGCCUGCAAGGUGGCCCUUCAGUAACACAUUCCACAGAUGAAAUACAAAGACUGGCGCCGAGUACUUCAACAGAGGAACUUAAUCAAGAGAUGGCCAAUUUGGAAGGACUUAUGAAGGAUUUAAGUGCAAUAACAGCAAAUGAAUUUGAAUGUUAACAGCAAAAAAUGAAAUAUAGAAUUAAAUACAAAAGCGACAACGAUGCAGUUUUUACUAAAAUAAUUUUCAAACGAU